AUGGCUUCAGAAGACACGGAGAAGGGGGUGUCGAAGGGUAACAUCGAUGGCGUUGAUACUCCCCCGCCCCAACAUAACAGCGAGUAUGGCGUUGGCGAAUUAGCUGGUGUUGAGCAUGCGUUGCAGCGCGGUCUCCGACCUCGCCAUCUGCAGAUGAUUGCAAUUGGAGGUGUUAUUGGAACAGGUCUGUUCCUGGGAACUGCUGGAAAUCUUCAGGAUGGUGGACCAGCAGGUCUGCUCCUCAGCUACUGCUUGAUGGCAUCUUUAUUAUUUGCUGUUAUGGUCGCCCUUGGCGAGAUGGUCUCCCAGUUCCCGAUUCCUGGUGGUCAAUUUGCCCUGGCCAGUCGCUUUGUCUCUCCAGAACUUGGAUUCGCCAUGGGUUGGUUAUACUGGUACAACUACAUCAUAGUACUCCCAGCCGAACUCUCCGCCGCGGCGGUCCUUGUCUCGUACUGGACUCCAGCUGGCGUCGAGGAUUCUAUGUGCACAUCUGGAAUUUGCAACAACGCCAUGUGGGUGGGUUUGAUGCUAAUUGUUGUUUAUGCCGUCAACUUUGCCGGAACGAAAGUGUAUGGAGAAAUGGAGUUCUGGUUCUGUUCCAUCAAGGUCAUUACCAUUAUCGGCUUGAUCAUUACUGGCAUUAUUAUCAGUGCUGGAGGUGGCCCGAACCAUGAAGCUAUCGGCUUUCGCUUUUGGAACGAGACCGGAGGAUUUGUUCAAUACCAGGGUAUUGCCGGUGCGAAAGGCCGUUUCUUGGGGUUCUUUAGUGAUCUGAUAAGUGCUGCAUUUGCAUUCAUCGGCACGGAAAUCACGGCCAUUGCGGCAGCCGAGACGGCGAACCCCCGGAAGGCUGUACCGAAUGCCAUCAAAGGCGUAUGGAUUCGGAUUGUCUUGUUUUAUCUCAUUAGCGCCUUCAUGAUUGGCAUCCUUGUCUCACCGACAGAUCCAUCGCUCGAUUUGAACUCAACCGCUGCAAAGAGCCCGUUUGUCAUUGCCAUUAAGAACGCGGGAAUCGAUGUCCUGCCGUCUAUCAUUAACGCAGCUCUUCUCACCAGUGCGUGGUCAGCUGGGGUUGCCGAUUUGUUUGUCUCAUCUCGUGCGCUCUACGGGCUCUAUACAAGAGGCCAAGCACCUUCAUUCAUUGGAAAGACACGCAAAGAUGGUCUCCCCUGGGUCGCGGUUACGAUUGGAUCAGUCUUCGCUCUUCUAUCAUUUAUGGCCGCCAGCCAAAAUACGGAGGCGGGAACUGUCUUCGGCUAUUUCGCGAACAUGACGGCUAUUUGCGGCAUCAUCUCCUGGACUGGCAUCUUGUGGACCAGCAUCCGCUGGCAUAAGGGUCUGAAGGUGCAUGGUAUUGACCGAAAUACUCUAGCAUACAAAGCGCCCUUUCAACCCUACUUGAGCUACUAUGGACUAGUAGUUUGCAUUAUGGUUCUGAUCUUCGGGGGCUUCACUUCUUUCAUUCACCAUUUCAAUACGUCUUCCUUCAUCACCACCUAUUUCCCUAUUCCGUUCUUUGCUGUUCUGUUUUUUGGAUACAAAUUCUGGAACCGAAGCAAGAUGGUUGGCUACCAUGAAAUGGACUUCACAUCAGCGUCCUCUGCUGAUUUGCCAACCAUCGCCAAAGAAUUGGUGGAGAAAGUUGGCGGACAAUAUCUGAACUGCACCGAGCUUGGACUGGUCAUGAUUUAA